CAUUCCGACACCAUAUACCCCACCUCAUUACACCACACGAACAACGUAGAAUCUACCAAACCAACACCUUCAGUACACUACAAGUCUACAACUUUUCCAUUUCAGCCACAACCCCAUUUGGCCACAAUCUGAUUCUCUGUGUUGUGUUUUUUGUUGUGGAUUGUUGGUUGAAGGAGUUCAUUUGCAGUCAUGAGUUUUGCUUUUCGAGGGAGUAGGGGAGAUAUCGAAAGUGGGUUUUCGGAAUAUGUUCCUGAAAGAACCUCAAUGCGAGUUCAUCCAUCUCGGUCGGCUAACAGCAAUUCCCUAGCUUUUCUUGUUACGGUUAUUUUGAUAUUCAUGAUAUUAAACUCCCCUCAGAUGUCACAUUAUUUUCUGCUCUGGGUAAUACUGGCUGUCUUCGUGAUGGCUACAGGUCUGAGAAUGUAUGCAACAUGUCAACAACUUCAAGCGCAAGCCAGGGCUCAUGCUGCAGCAGCCUCUGGGUUGCUUGGCCAUGCUGAAUUACAUUUUCAAAUGCCACCAUCUAUUUCAAUUGCAACUCGAGGAAGAUUGCAGGGACUUAGACUUCAGCUUGCACUUCUUGACCGAGAAUUCGACGAGCUAGAUUAUGACACUUUGAGAGCUCUGGACUCUGAUACUGCUUCUAGUACUCCUUCAAUGACUGAGGAAGAGAUAAAUGCCUUGCCUGUUCACAAGUAUAAAGUUCCACGCCCAACAAAAGAUGGCUCCACCGGUUUAACAUCCUCUUCAGAGGCAGCUGAGAUUAAACAAGACUCCAAAGGAGCCGAGAGAAGUGUCAAAGGUUCAGAAGAUGAGCUGAUAUGUACUGUAUGUUUGGACCAAGUUAAGAAGGGGGAACUUGUGCGUAGCUUGCCGUGCUUGCAUCAGUUUCAUGCCAACUGCAUCGAUCCAUGGCUUCGGCAGCAAGGAACAUGUCCCGUGUGCAAAUUUAGGAUGGGGUCAGGAAGGCAGGGAAACACCGAUAGCGAGUCUGGUGAUUCAGAUAUUUUGUAAUAUUAUUCUGAUAUGGCUGUAAAGUGCGCGAUGGUCUGGAAUAUUCAAGAAUGUAAUCCAUUUAAGUAAUGAAGGUACAAAUUCUUCAA